ACAAACAGAUUCUCUCUCUUACACACCGAGGUGAAAAAACCCAACCCUAAUACCCUCUUCGAUCAGCCACCAUCCCACCUCAGAGCUCAAAUUCAUCGCCGAACAAUUCUCCUCAGGUGGAGGGUGCUGUUGGCAUCGACGUCUUUGUCCUCGUCGUCAAGCCAGUCUCCGUCGGCCCUGUCCUCGUCGUGAAGCCUCUUCUCCUCGAUCCUAUUCUCCUCUACGGUGCGCGAAGGUCUACUUGGAUCUCUUGGCGUCGCCUUCGCAAACGAUUGCUCGGUCUCGAAAGGUUGCUCGUCGUCCCUGUUUUCAUCGGUCGCGAACAGUUGCUCGAUCCUCUUCAAGCUUGUCCUCUCUCUCCGUGAAUCUCUGCCCGGAGCCUCGCCGUCGCGAACUAAUUCUCUUUCGAUCUCACUCUGUCACUGCCGUCCCUCCGUCGUCGUGUCUUUGUUCAUCUUUUUAGGGUUCACAGUGUUCCCAUUCCCUUUUCCAUUUCCGAACCGAUCCAACACAGCAUCGCAACUCUUCCUUUGAUUUCAUUUCAAUUACUUCCCAAAUCAACAGUACCCUCUGACACGCUAAAUUCACAGUUUGGGCAUCAUGCAGGCAUCAAGAGCUAGGCUGUUCAAGGAGUACAAAGAGGUUCAACGAGAGAAAUCGGCUGAUCCUGAUAUUCAACUAGUUUGUGAUGAUUCUAACAUUUUUAAAUGGACGGCACUGAUCAAGGGACCCUCGGAGACUCCUUUUGAGGGGGGUGUCUUCCAACUUGCAUUUUCGGUUCCAGAGCAGUAUCCUCUACAGCCCCCCCAAGUCAGGUUUCUGACUAAAAUAUUUCACCCAAACGUGCACUUCAAGACGGGGGAGAUUUGUUUGGAUAUCUUGAAAAAUGCUUGGAGCCCGGCUUGGACACUUCAGUCUGUAUGUAGGGCUAUAAUUGCUUUGAUGGCACAUCCAGAACCCGACAGCCCACUGAAUUGUGAUUCAGGUAAUCUUUUGCGCUCCGGUGAUGUUAGAGGGUACCAAUCAAUGGCCAGAAUGUACACCAGGCUUGCAGCAAUGCCAAAGAAGGGCUGAAUAAUUUCGGAUAACUUGCUUUUCUGUUUGUCUCCGCGCUUGCCAGCGACAAGAAAAUCAGUGUGUUAAAGUGUCCAAAGACAUAUUGUAACAAGCUAGCAAUAUAUAUGGAAAACAAACCAAAAUGCUAGCAAUAUAACUUCUGAUGUACUGUUGUAUUAUCAAUGAAUGAAAUACGCUUUCCAA